GCUAACCAGAUUCCUGUCUCUCCGACUAUUGUUUCAUUGCUCUAUCGGGCAGAGGGUUUUGGGUGGGGGUUGGAGAAGACUGGCUACCUCCAUGGCACGGUUCUCUCCUGACUUCUCGAGGUCAAGGAGCGCACCCCUCCAAGCCGCAACCGCAACCGCCGCGCACGUCCAGAGCCUAGUGUCCCUCCUCCUCAAGCACCAGGCCAAGAGGCGCCAGCUCCUCCAGAUCCACUCGCAGCUCGUUGCCCACCAGGUGUUCGACCGGCGUCCCACGCCGUGGCAUGCGCUCCUCAAGGCCUACUCCCACGGCCCUUUCCCCCAGGAGGCCCUGAACCUCUUCAGGGACGCGCACCGGAACAUGGCCGACGACACGUACGCCUUCAUGUUCUCCCUUAGGGCCUGCGCUGGAUUGGCGUGGCCUUGGACUGGCGCGCAACUGCACGGGCUUGUCAUCCGGAAGGGGUUUGAGUUCCAUGCCUACGUGCAUACUUCCCUUAUCAAUACAUAUGUUGUGUGUGGGUGCCUGGUGGAUGCGCGGAUGGCGUUCGAUGAGAUGCCGGUGAAGAAUGUGGUUUCUUGGAAUGUGAUGAUCACUGGAUUCGCUGGACGGGGCGAGAUUGAGUAUGCGAGGCUGCUCUUUGAACGGAUGCCAAGUAGGAAUGUUGUCUCGUGGACCGGACUCAUAGAUGGAUACACACGUUCUUGUCAUUCUGUGGAGGCCGUUGCUCUUUUACGCCGCAUGAUGGCAGAAGGCAUUAGCCCAACCGAGAUAACCGUAUUAGCAGUUGUUCCUGCAAUAUCUGAUAUUGGAAGAAUUCUUAUGGGCGAGACCUUGCAUGGCUAUUGUGAGAAGAAUGGCCUUGUGUUAGAUAUCCGAGUUGGGAACUCACUCAUAGACUUGUAUGCCAAAAUUGGGUCUAUACAGAGCUCACUAAAGGUGUUCCAUGGAAUGCUGAACAGGAGAAACUUGGUGUCAUGGACAUCAAUAAUUUCAGGUUUUGCAAUGCACGGGUUGUCAACUGAGGCAGUUGAACUGUUUGCAGAGAUGAGAAGAUCAGGAAUCAGGCCCAACAGAGUCACCUUCUUGAGCGUUCUCAACGCUUGCAGCCAUGGAGGGCUAGUGGAGCAAGGGGUAGAGUUUUUCAAAAGCAUGGUAUAUGAAUACAAUAUAAAUCCAGAGAUCAAGCAUUUUGGGUGCAUCAUAGACAUGCUAGGUAGGGCUGGACGGUUAUGUGAGGCCGAGCAAGUAAUUGGUGGUUUGCCUAUGGAGGUUAAUUCAAUUGUGUGGAGGACACUUUUGGCUUGUUGCAGCAAGUAUGGAGAAGUGGAGAUGGGGAAGAGGGCGAUGAAGAAGAUACUACACACAGAAAGAGAAUCUGGAGGUGAUUUUGUGGUGGUAUCCAAUAUGCUUACUGAGCUUGGUAGGUUUAGCGAUGCCGAAAGAUCACGAAAGCUAUUAGAUGAGAGGAAUGCCGUUAAGGUUCCUGGACUUGCUUUGGUUGGUGAGAGUCCUGUUCGUGGGAAAAUUCACUUCUCUUUCAACAUUGUAACAAUGGGAGCAGCAAAGAAACUUCAUGCUCAUCUCAUAGUUUCUGGGCUGUACAAUUGCCAAUAUGCAAUGACUAAGAUUCUCAGAUCUUAUGCUGUUCUGCAGCCAGAUUUGAUUUUUGCUCACAAAGUAUAUGAGCAGAUUGAAGCACCAACAACUUAUCCCUCAAAUAUCAUGCUUAGGGGGCUUGCUCAAAGUGAUGUACCAGAAGAGGCAACUGCUUUCUAUAAGAAAGCUCGAGGAAAAGGUAUGGAGCCAGACAACCUGACAUUUCCAUUUGUACUGAAGGCUUGUGCAAGAAUUAGCGCUCUCAAGGAAGGGAAACAGAUGCACAACCAUGUACUGAAACUUGGGCUUCUUUCGGAUAUCUUUGUUUCCAAUGCACUCAUUCAUCUAUAUGCUGCUUGUGCUCAUUUAUGCUGUGCAAGAUCUGUUUUUGAUGAGAUGCUAGUUAAGGAUGUGGUAUCCUGGAAUUCCUUGAUAUCUGGAUAUAGCCAGUGCAAUAGAUUAAAAGAGGUUUUGGCACUAUUCAAGUUAAUGCAUGAUGGUGGAGUGAAGGCUGACAAGGUUACUAUGGUCAAGGUAGUUUCUGCAUGCACUCGUCUUCGGGAUUGGAGCAUGGCAGAUUGCCUGGUUAGGUACAUAGAGGAUUACUGUAUUGAAGUGGAUAUUUACUUGGGUAAUACUUUGAUACACUACUAUGGCAGACGUGGGCGGCUGCAAUCAGCUGAAAAGGUUUUCUUUAACAUGAAGGAUAGGAAUACUGUGACACUAAAUGCAAUGAUAACCACAUAUUCAAAAGGAGGAGAUCUGGUUUUGGCAAGAAAAAUGUUCGAUGGAAUUCCUAAAAAAGAUUUGAUCUCAUGGAGUUCUAUGAUAUGUGGGUAUUCACAAGCUAGUCAUUUCUCUGAUGCUUUAGAACUCUUCAGGCAGAUGCAGAGAGCCAAGAUGAAACCAGAUGCCAUUGUGAUUGCAAGUGUACUUUCUGCUUGUGCACACUUGGGCGCGCUUGAUCUUGGCAAGUGGAUCCACGACUAUGUGAGGAGAAACAAGAUCAAAGCCGAUACCAUCAUGCACAAUUCUCUGAUCGACAUGUACGCGAAAUGUGGGAGUACCGAGGAAGCAUUUCUAGUGUUCAAAGAAAUGAAAGAGAAGGACACCUUGUCAUGGAACUCUAUCAUAUUAGGGCUGGCAAACAAUGGCUCCGCAGAGGACGCCCUGAGUGUCUUCCACACGAUGCUCGCCGAAGGAUUCCAACCGAAUGGGGUCACUCUCCUCGGAGUACUGAUAGCCUGCACCAACGCGAAUCUCGUCGAGGAAGGGCUCAACUACUUUGAUAGCAUGAGAUCAGCUCACAACAUGGAACCACAGAUGAAGCAUUACGGCUGCGUCGUCGACCUACUGGGCCGCGCCGGUCAGCUAGAGAAGGCUAUGAGGUUCAUCACCGAGAUGCCCAUUGCUCCUGACCCCGUCGUUUACAGGGUGCUGCUGGGAGCAUGCAAGACACAUGGUGAUUUAGCAAUCGCCGAGGUAGUCACUAGGAAGCUCAUUGAGUUGGAUCCCGGUAACAGCGGGGACUACACGCUGCUCAGCAAUACGUACGCGAGUGCCGAUAGAUGGAACGAUGCCAUGAAGAUCAGGCAGCAGAUGGAAGACACUCAUGCGAGGAAAUCGCCCGCUUGCAGCGUUGUGGACGGCUAAGUGCCUGAGUGCUGAGCCAGCUAGCUCGAGCUUGCUUGGCAACCAAUUUUAAGUGGAAUUGUGGAAUGGGAGUUUAGAGGAGAGAAUUACUCCUGGGGCAUUGUCCCUGUUGUUCUCCACUCCAAAUCUCCGUUUGGAAAGGGAAAUUUAUUUAGAUUUUAGAGGGAAGUCCUUUCCUUGUUUUUGUUUAGUGGGUUAUCACGAGACCAGUUUAGGGUGUACUCACACAGUUACAAAAUGAGGUGACAAGAUCAAUUGGCAAA